AACACCUAGAAUCCGGUUUGCUAUUUUUGCAGUUUGCAUUAUCCAUUUGUAGCCUGUAAAUUGGAGAACAGCCACCAUCUCGCAAGCAGCAGCAGCAGCAAAAAUGGCAGCCAUGGCUGCGCUUCAGAGCUCCAUGACCUCUCUUUCGCUCUCUUCCAAUUCCUUCCUCGGCCAACGUCUUCCGCUCCCCACCAUUUACGCGGCGCCUGUAACGUCAAAAGAGAAGCCAUGUCUCAUAGUAAUGAGGCUAAAAAGAUGGGAACGGAAGGAAUGCAAGCCAAACAGCCUUCCGGUAUUACACAAAAUGCAUGUCAAGGUUGGAGACACGGUGAAAGUUAUUGCUGGCCGUGAUAAGGGAAAAAUUGGAGAAAUCACAAAAAUUUUUAAACAUAAUAGCAAAGUGAUAGUGAAAGAAAUAAAUUUGAAGACAAAGCAUGUAAAGAGCAGAGAAGAGGAAGAAAAAGGACAGAUUAUCAAGAUUGAGGCGCCCAUCCAUAGCUCGAACGUGAUGCUUUACUCAAAAGAACAAAAUGUAGCGAGCCGGGUCGGUCACAAAACCCUUGAAAGUGGACAACGAGUACGCUAUCUCAUUAAAACUGGCGAAAUAAUUGACAGUGCGGAAAAUUGGAAGAAACUGAAGGAAGAGAAGAGCAAAACUGAAGUGGCUGCAACUGCUUAAGAAUCCUUUGUAAGAAUAGACUUACCAUCACUGUAGUUAUGAAGCUCAAAGGGCACUUUCAGCUGCCCAUUUCUCCUUUUUAGCAAACAUUUUUGUUGCUGUCUGUUUGUUCAUGGAGCAUAGUGAAGUGAUAUUGAUUCGAUUGUUCAUUGUUUAUUUAUAUGAAAAGCUGGAACAGUUUUUUCUUUCCUCUAA